UGCUUCCGGGUCGUCGACCCAACGCCGCUUUCUCUGCGGCGGCCGGAGAGGUACCCCGGGGAAAGUAGGUGCCUCCUGCUGCGUUCCUGGCCGACCCACUUCUUUCGGCUCCGAGGCGGGAAGCGCCUUUUCCACAGGAUAUCAAUGCAAGCCUGAAUAAGAAAAAGAAUUUCUCCCUCCUAAGCCAUGGCAUAUCAGUUGUACAGAAAUACCACUUUGGGAAACAGUCUUCAGGAGAGCCUCGAUGAGCUUAUACAGUCUCAACAGAUUACCCCCCAACUUGCCCUUCAAGUUCUACUUCAGUUUGAUAAGGCUAUAAAUUCAGCGUUGGCACAGAGGGUCAGGAACAGAGUCAAUUUCAGGGGCUCUCUAAAUACAUACAGAUUCUGCGAUAAUGUGUGGACUUUUGUAUUGAAUGAUGUUGAAUUCAGAGAGGUGACAGAACUUAUUAAAGUGGAUAAAGUGAAAAUUGUAGCCUGUGAUGGUAAAAAUACUGGCUCCAGUACUACAGAAUGAAUAGGAAAAAUAUGGCUUUUUAAUGCCAUCCUGUUAUUGUUCAUCAGUUUUUGAAGAGAAGCAUAGAAGAGACUUUUUUUUUAAUUUAUUCUAGCAUUGCAGAAAUGACUACACUGUGCCGUACUAUCAAUCAGAGAAUUCCAGUAGAAAGAAGCUUAUAAUUCUGUACCUUCUUACAUUACCUUAUUAUACAGCAUGAAGAAACAGAACUUUUUUUUAACAACAAAUCAAACAUUGUGGCCUUCCUAAGACCAUUCUUUAAUAAAUUCAUUUUAAAACUCAA